CAGUUGCUGCCCACAUCCUCAACCAGGAGAGGAGCCGCUCAAGGAUCAUCUGACAUUUUUCGGGGCGACCCGGAGAAUUUAUUUUUAUUUUUAAUAGUCAGAUAUCAUAAAGAAGGGGUGCUCAGUCAUGGUGGUGGUCGCUACGGGGAGCGGUGGAGCCCACAAAGUGCUCCUGAUAUCCGGGAAGCAGGCGGGCUCGUCCGGCGGCUCGCAGACGGCCUUCGGCCGGCCCAUCUCCGUCGUUCUCCCGUCCAGCCAGGUGUCGUCGGACUCGGACUCGAACACAUCCGCGGGGCCGCCGGUACGGAAGCGGCAGAGGCUCACGCACCUCAGUCCAGAAGAGAAGGCACUGCGCAGGAAACUCAAGAACAGAGUGGCGGCACAGACGGCCAGAGACAGGAAAAAGGCCAAAAUGGGGGAGCUGGAGCAGCAGGUCCUGGAGCUGGAGCUGGAGAACCAGAAACUUCACAUCGAAAACCGGCUGCUCCGGGAAAAAUCCAGCGGUUUGUUAACAGAAAAUGAGGAACUGAGACAGAGACUUGGGUUGGACACUCUCGAGUCAAAACCAAAGGUCCAGACUUUGUCGUCCAGUGUGAGCGAAGCAGGUUUGGGGACCGGGUCUUCUGAGCGCAGCACUCAGGCUAUGUGUGCCUCCGCAGCAGGUGCAGGCCCAGCAGUCCCUAAAGCUGAAGACCUCUCAAUGGAUACAGAUAGUCCUUACUCUUCAGACGCUGAGUCUGAUCUGCUGUUGGGCAUUCUGGACAUCCUUGACCCAGAGCUGUUCCUCAAGUCAUGCGAAGAGCCGCCCCAGGAGGUGCUGCUGGUCGGAGGGGGCGACCCAGUACCUGCCGCCGCACCUGCAGCUGUGGGGGCCCCAUCAGUUAAGCUGGAGACCCUUAAUGAACUGAUUCACUUUGACCACAUCUACACCAAGCCCGUGGAAGGGCUGGAGAGCAGCAAAGACCAGAAAACAGAUGAGGCGUCCUUCCCCGCCGAGGAGGAAGUUGUGGUGGAGGAGGAGACGGUCUGCGUGAAGGACGAACCGGAGGAGGUGGUGAUCCCGGCCUGCCAGGCUCAGACGGCUGACCUCUUCUCCUGCUCCCCUCAACCCGCCCUGGCUUCUUUGGAAAAGGAGGCCUGCCUGGCGGACACCUACAGCGACUCCGGAUACGAAGGGUCCCCCUCCCCGUUCAGCGACAUGUCGUCCCCGCUCUGCUCCGACGGCUGGGAGGACAUGUUCGCUAACGAACUCUUCCCCCAACUUAUCAGCGUCUGAAUCGGCUCCUCUGGCCGCAAAGUUACAGCACACUGUACAUACACAUGAUGUGUAGCUUCAUCAAAUCCAGAAAAAAAACACCUGUAAGAAGAUCUUUUAACUGCUGGGGGUCUUUAGCAUGACAGCAGGUCUGUGCCAUCACCGUGUGGCAGAUGGACCCAAAUGAUUUCACAUCACAGCAUCUAAGAUUGCCAGAAAAUCUUUCAUUCGCUGUCCUGAACUAAUUUUGGGUGAAUUACAGUAUUUGUUUAUGUAUUUAGUGGAAGGGGGGGACCCAAUGUUUAAAUAUUACUUUAUUUAUUUGUGUCAUAUCCGGAGUCUGUCUGUACGCUUGUAAAUUUCAUCUGUUUUCUGAUCAUAACUGCUCUUCUUAAAGCAAAUUACUGCAUUAAAAAAAUUUUGCAUUGCA